GCGGUGAAGGUGAUGGACAAGGCUAAGAUUUUGGAGAUUAACGAGACGGCGCACGUGGUUCAGGAGAGCAAGAUCAUGAAGUCGGUGUCCAAGCACCCGUUCAUCGUGUCCAUGCUCGAGUCGUUCCAGACCCCGAGCGCCAUGUUCAUCGUCAUGGAGUACGCGUCGGGGCGGGACAUGUUCUUCAUGAUUCACGAGCGCGGGACGCUGUCGCUGUUUCAGACGAGGGCGUACAUCACCCAGGUGACGCUCGCGCUCGACCACGUGCACUCCAAGGGGUUCAUCUACCGCGACCUCAAGCCGGAGAAUCUGCUGAUCCGCGAGGACGGAUACCUGCGACUCACCGACUUUGGGUUCGCCAAGGCGCUCAAGCCCGGCGAGCGAGCGUACACGGUGUGUGGCACCCCCGACUACCUCGCGCCCGAGACGCUGCGGCAGCAGGGGUGCAACCGGGCGGCGGACUUUUGGGCCAUCGGCGUGCUGCUCUUCGAGAUGAUGACCGGGUACCCGCCGUUCCACGGGCAGACCCACAGCGACCUGUACCGCCGCAUCACCGCCGGUCGCAUGCGCUCGUUCCCGCGCCAGUUUGACGAGGACGCCGCGGAUCUCGUCAAGCGGUUGCUGAAGCAGAGCGAGGGCGAGCGCAUCGGCGUCGGCGCGGAGGGGAUCCAGAAGAUUCGCCGGCACCCCUUCUUCAAGGGCUUCAGCUGGACGAGCGUGCUGGAGCAGACGUUG